AUGGACCUAAAUGUUACAUAUAUUACUCUUGAUGGGUAUGUGGAAGUUCACAAAUACAGAUACCUUUAUUUCAUGAUUAUUUUUAUAGCAUAUAUUCUGAUAAUCUGCAGUAAUUCUACUAUUGUCUAUCUGAUCUGGAUUCACCAAAACCUCCAUGAGCCGAUGUACGUUUUCAUCGCAGCUCUGUUAAUCAACUCAGUUCUUUACAGCACUGCGAUCUACCCGAAGCUGCUGAUUGACUUUUUAUCUGAGAAGCAGAUCAUAUCUUAUUCUGCCUGUCUCUGUCAAUAUUUUAUGUUUUACUCUUUAGGUGGUUCAGAGUUCUUACUGUUGGCAGCCAUGGCCUAUGACAGAUAUGUGUCUAUAUGUAAACCUCUGCAAUAUCCAACUGUCAUGAGAAAAGCAACUGUCAUUAUCUUUCUGGCUUCAGCCUGGCUUGUGCCUGCUUGUCAGCUUUUGGUAUCAACAACAGUAAAUGCUAAUAAAAAGCUCUGCAGGUUUACUCUGCAAGUAAUUUUUUGCAAUAACUCACUUUACAAACUUCAUUGUGUGCCUUCAAGAGCAAUAUCUAUAUAUGGUGUGUUCAUUUUGCUGAAUGUUGCUCUUUUUCCUCUGCUCUUUAUACUUUUUACGUACGCAAAAAUAUUUACUGUGACCUCUAGAAGCUGUAGAGCAGUGAGGACAAAAGCUGCAGAGACGUGUUUACCCCACCUGCUGGUUUUGAUGAACUUUUCCUUGUUGUGCACAUAUGAUGUUACUUUGGUCAGACUGGAAUCUGAUAUUCCAAAAAUGGCACGUUUAAUAAUGACUUUACAGCUGGCUUUGUAUCAUCCUCUCUUCAAUCCAGUCAUAUAUGGACUGAAGAUGAAAGAAAUUUCCAAACACCUCAAGCAGUUGUUCUGUCAACACAAAAUGAACUUGUGA